AUGAGGAGAAGAGGUGGUCGUUGCUGCACCUCAUUGCUAUUGUGGGAGGCGUGCUCGGCUGCAGGCUUCUUAGAUAGAGUCCAACCCGCUUCCGAGAGGGGGAAAAACGGUUGUGGUUUUGAAUGGGUGAAAUGCCUCCCCCUUGUAAAGGCCGAGACGAAUUUGGUUCUUGAGAUUGGGAGGCUUGUUCAAACAGAGCAGCUUGAGAGGCUUGUUCAAACUGAGAAGCUUGAGAGGCUUGUUCAAACUAAGAUGCUUGAGAUGGUUGUUCAAACUGAGAUGCUUGAGAUGCUUGAGUUCGUUGGUGAGAUGGUUGAGGAGCUUGGUUAG